AUGGUAGACUUCUUAGUAAUCAAAGUGCCUGCUGCAUACAACGUAAUAGUGGGCCGGCCAUUCAUCCACGAUGCACAAGCAGUGGUAUCAACAUACCAUCUAACCAUGAUAUACAUGUCUAACUUUGAGAAGGCUGAGAGAAUCCGAGGCAGUCAAGAUUCAGCAAGAUCAUGCUACUUGACGGCAUUAAAAACACCAGGCCGACUGACCCCAUCCAGGAAUAUAGCGAGAGAGGCAGCAAUGAAAAGACCGGCAAAAGGCCAAGCCCCAAGAUCGGGGGGCGAGCAAUCUCUUUUGCCCAAGAAGGAGAAAAGGCAGAAAAUGGAGUCACCCACAAUCGAAAGCAUCGAAAAGGGGACUACUCUACCUAGGGUAGAGGCCGGAGGAGAGUCGGAAGAAGUCGAGCUGGUAGAAGGAGAAACUGGCAGAACAGUAAAAUUAGGAACCGACAUUGACCCCCAGUUGCGGGUAAACAUGAUCGGUCUGUUGAGAGAACACGCGGAUGUGUUCGCAUUUUCCGCAGACGAAAUGCCAGGUAUAAGCUCAGAGGUAAUCGAGCACCGACUGAAUGUCGACAGAGCAGUCAGGCCGGUAAAACAAAAGAAAAGAAACUUCUCAACAGAAAAAAAUCAAGCAAUACAGGAAGAGGUAGAAAAGUUGUUGGCAGCGGGAUUUAUUGAACCAUGCGACUACCCAGAGUGGUUGGCCAACGUCGUAAUGGUUAAGAAGUCAAACGGCUCGUGGAGAAUGUGCGUAGAUUUCACAAACCUUAAUAGAGCAUGCCCGAAAGACUGCUACCCACUGCCAAGAAUCGACAUGCUAGUCGACUCCACAUCUGGCCAUGCGCUGCUCAGCUUCCUUGACGCAUUCUCCGGGUACCACCAAGUCAGCCUUGCAAAGGCCGACAGGAGAAAAGCAGCAUUCAUCACUGAGGGGGGAGUAUUCUGUUACAAGGCUAUGCCGUUUGGGUUAAAGAACGCUGGGGCAACGUACCAAAAACUGGUCGACAGAGUGUUCGCAAACCAAAAAGGCCGCAACAUUGAAGUAUACGUCGACGACUCCAUAGUGAAAAGCAAAUUGGAGACCGACCAUUUAGACGACCUCAGGGAAACGUUUGAAACUCUGCGCCGUUACCAAAUGAAGCUGAACCCCAAGAAAUGUGUGUUCGGAGUGAAAUCGGGGAAAUUCUUGGGUUUCCUUGUCAGCGAGAGAGGCAUAGAGGCAAACCCAGAUAAGGUAGAAGCAAUACUCAAUCUGCCUCAGCCAAAAAGCAUCAAAGAUGUACAAAGGCUGACAGGAAGAAUGGCAGCUCUGACAAGAUUUGUUAGCAAAUCAGCCGACAGGUCGAUCCCAUUUUUUAACACUCUUAAGCAGAACGGAAAAUUCCGGUGGGGAGAAACCGAGGAAAGGGCCUUUGAGAAGGUAAAGGACCAUCUUCGUGCUUUACCGACGAUAGCCAGGCCGGAAGAGGGCGACAAGCUACAGUUGUAUGUGUCCGCUUCAGCCCAAACCGUUGCUGCCGUACUAAUCAGUGAAAAAGACAAAGUCCAGCAGCCGAUAUACUUUGUCAGCCACAUUUUGAAUCCGGCAGAAGCAAGAUACUCACUGAUAGAGAAAGUGGCCUAUGCAGUCCUGAUAGCCGCCAGAAAGCUCAGACCAUAUUUUGAUGCACAUACCAUACAAAUUCUGACGAACUUCCCACUGGAGAAGGCUUUGCAAAAAAUGGAUACAGCCGGCAGGCUGUUGCGAUGGGCAAUAGAACUGUCGGAGUACGAUCUUGAGUUUCACCCGCGCAAUGCAAUAAAAGCACAAGCCUUGGCCGACUUCGUAGUUGAAGCAUCCUAUCAAGAGGACGAAACCAAAGCAGAAUCCUGGGAAGUAUCAGUAGACGGAUCAGCCGCUCAGUCGGGAGCGGGAGCCGGCGUUGUCAUGACCUCUCCGACAGGAGAUAAGUUCGAAUACGCAAUCAGAUUCACUUUCGCAGCUUCGAACAACGAAGCAGAAUAUGAAGCAGCCAUUGCAGGGGUACAGCUAUGUUUGUUGGCAGAUGCCAAGAGGAUAGUAAUGACAACAGAUUCUCAGUUGGUGGCAAAUCAGUUUUCGGGAGAGUAUGAAACAAAAGAGCCGUCAAUGCGGCGGUAUCAAGAAAAACUGAAGACGCUGACAGUGAAAUUAGAAGCUUUUGACAUCAAAUUGGUCCCCAGAGCGUUGAACACUGCCGCAGACAGCCUAGCAAAACUGGCCAGUUCGAAAGCAAUCGAGCUCAGUCGAUCAGUAAUGAUAGAAAUCAUGCACAGAAGGAGUAUGGAAGAAAAAGGAAAAGAAAUAAUGGUCAUCACGGCAAACAAAGAGUGGUACGACGAUAUCUGGGCGUACAAGACGACUGGAAUGCUCCCGGCCGAUAUCAGGGAGGCAAAGAAAAUCAAAAAAGACAUCUGCUGGUACGUCAUAUAUCAGGGACAACUCUAUAAAAGAGCAUUCAGCCUCCCCCUGCUGCGGUGUUUGACGGCAUACGAAUCCGCAAGGUUAAUCGAAGAAAUGCAUGAAGGAAUAUGCGGAAACCAUGUAGGAGGAAAAACACUCGCUUUGAUCUGCCAAAGACAAGGUUACUACUGGCCAACCAUGCUGGAAGACGCACAGAGCUACGUCAAGAAAUGUGAAAAAUGCCAGCUGUUUGCCCCAGUAAUACGUAUGCCAGCAAACGACUUGAUGCCCAUUCUGAAUCCAAUUCCAUUCGCCCAGUGGGGAAUGGAUAUCGUAGGACCCUUCACAACAGCCUCAGGAGGCAGGAAGUUCUUGAUUGUUGCCGUCGAUUACUUCACAAAAUGGAUUGAGGCCGAGCCGGUAGCAAAGAUAACAGCCAACCAGGUACGGAAGUUCAUCUGGAAAAACAUCAUAACAAGGUUUGGAAUACCGACAGCAAUAGUAUUCGACCAUGGAUGCCAGUUCGACUGUGAACCUAUACGAGCAUUCUUGGCAGACUACCGGAUCAAGUUCGCAUACGCCUCAGUCUGCCACCCACAGAGCAACGGGCAAGCCGAGGCUGCAAACAAACAAAUACUCGUAGCCAUUAAGAAAAAGCUGGAUGAGUUCAAGGGCAAGUGGGCAGACACAGUCCCAGAGGUUCUAUGGGGUAACAGAACGACGGUUAAAGAAGCAACGGGAGAGAGCCCUUUCAAACUAUGCUUCGGAUCAGAAGCAGUCAUACCGGCUGAAGUAGCACUACCUACCUUCCGCAUCCAGCAUUAUGAAGAACAGGGAAACGACAGCUUACUCAGACACCAGCUGGAUUUCUUACCAGAGGUUAGACUGCAGGCGGAAAUCAAGUCGGCCGCAUACAAGAACAGAAUGAGCAGGGCCUACAACAAGCGAGUAAAACAUAGGAAGCUAGAGGUAGGCGACCUUGUACUUCGCCGGACGGCAGCAACCGGAAAAGCUCAAAAACAAGGAAAACUGACUGCAAAUUGGGAAGGGCCCUACCAGAUAUGGGAAGAAGUGGUAGCUGGAUCAUACAGACUAAUGGAGAUGGAUGGAACACCGCUGAAGAACUCAUGGAACGCAGAUACUUUAAGAAAAUUCCAUGUGUGA